AUGCGGGAGCAGAAGUUUUGUAAAUGGAAGACAGCAAUAUUUGUGAUAGGAACCAAUGACGAUGUGACUAAAUCCAUGAUGUGGAGAAGAAGGAAAUGGUCUUUGCCAAAUAUUCCACUUCUAAUAAAUGGCGACGAAUAUGUACGUAUUUCUACCUUCAUAACCAGCGUUGCACGAAAGCAACAUUUGACCCACGGAAGACCCAAUUUUGGCACAGAGCUUGUCUGA